AUGGCACCACCACGAGCAUAUGCCAGCUUGUAUCCAAACAGUGUUCUCGAUGUCGACUUGUGGAAGCGUUUUAUGGAAGUUGAAGACAUCACAGCUGACGUCCCACCUCCAGUAAAGAAGUCUCCGGCAAUGGCGUCCGCAGAGUCAGUCAGUCUCUCUGCCUCCGACCAGGAGCAAGCGGUCACCUACCUCAUAGAUCAAUCCAUCGAGAGCAUUCUUCAUGACAUUCUGCUCGAUAUCCAUCAAGAAGAGAAGAUCGCUCGCAUGCAAACAGCCGUUGUCGAAGUCGAACAAAACAAACCCGACGAAGCUGCCGAGGACGAGGCAGUCGAAACCGAUGCUGCUAUCUUGCAAGACGGGCAAGUACAGCUGAAAGGCAAUCCAAUGAAAACCGUCAAGCAUAUCAGGUGUCCCAACUGUCGGCUGCGACGGCUUCUGUAUCCCAGAGUUGGUUUCAAUGCUCGCCCUGUACCCGAUCCAAAUGAACAAUAUUGCAAGACCGAACCCAUGAUUAUCAUCGACAAGCAUGACGUCCACGGGCAACGCAAGAAGGGUGUCAAGGUCAAGGGACAGGCCAAAGGCAAGAACAAGAAGAAGAACGAGCCUGCCUCACCAGCAUCAGAAAACUCGGAUCCUCUCACACCUGCUUCUGGACCGAACGAGUCCUUCGAAUUCAAGGAAAUCGACUUUCCGGCGGCAAAGUGCCCGAAUCGUGAAUCUCACCUAGGGGAUCAUUGGAAGUCGGUCAAUGUCUUCGCCACGCAUUUAAACGGAAGCUGUUACCUCAAGAAAGAUCGUGCUGCCGGCAGAGAAGCAAAUGCAAAAAUUGGUGGCACACCUCGAGACAGUCGAGCCAAUUCACCCAAACCGACCACCAACGGCGUUAAAAGAAAGGCGGACGAUGACAGUCCAGGCACCACGAAGAAGAAGCAGAAGAUGAGUGACAUCAAGAAGGACAAGAAGGGUGCGUCGGGUCCGAGCAAGUUGAGAGAGACAGAAAAUGUGGAUGAUCAAGGAGACGAAAGUCCUCUGAAGGAUUCCGCUGGCGAUACUAUCCAAGUCACACCGACGAAGGCCGGGAGAGACGCCAGCAUCGAGCCGAGUCUGAAGCUCAAAUUGAAGGCGGGAGCAGAUGGAACGGCGCGGAAGAAGCCGAGCAAGAAGAAGGCAUGA